AUGCCCUUUCACCAUGAUUUUCUUUUUCAUUUUCAUCAUAUCUAUUCGUAUUUAUCUAUCUAUCCAUCUAUCUAUCUAUCUAUCUAUCUAUCUAUCUAUCUAUCUAUCUAUCUUAGUCUCUUAAAAUCUAUAAAUCUAUUUCACUAUUCGUUUCUAUCUCUAUUCGUAUCUAUCUACCUCACUCUAUUCGAUCUAUCUAUCUAUCUAUCUCACUACUCGUAUCUAUCAGCUAUCUAUCUUCUAUCUUUGUCUCUUCAUAUCUAUCUCACUAUUCCUUUCUAUCUAUCUAUUCGUAUCUAUCUACCUCACCCUAUUUGUAUCUAUCUUAGUCUCUUCACAUCUAUCUCACAAUUCGUAUCUAUCUAUCUAUCUAUCUAUCUAUCUAUCAAUCUAUCUAUCUAUCUAUCUAUCUAUCUAUCUAUCUAUCUAUCUAUUCAGAAGCAGAAGAUAAAAUGCUCGUUUCUUUUUGGGUGGGGCACCCACUCUUUCUCUAUUUCUCUCUCCCCUCUCUUUAUUUCUCCCAUCUAUCUUUCUCCCUCUCUCUUUCUCCCUAUCACUCUCUUUCUCCCUCUUCCCCUCUCUCUUUCUCCCCUUCUAUCUUUCUCUCUCACUCUCUCUUUCUCUACUUUCUAG